UGUGGUCUUCAGCAUUUCCACGCACCAGGGGACAGCGGUGACCAUGAGUGGCUCCACAGAAGCCAGGAUGCAGCCUCUUAAUUCUUUGGAAGAUGACGAGUUGAUGGUCAGUGGCAGCAGGUAUUCUAUUAAAAGCUCAAGACAACGAUCAAAUUCUGGAAUCAAGAGUUUGUCAGGAUGCCUGGGACACAGCCAAGUACCCCUGGUCCUGCAGUUGCUCUCCUUCCUGUUCUUGGCUGGACUCCUGAUGAUCAUUCUUUUCCAAGUCUCCAAAACCCCAAACACCCAGGGGCAGGAGGAACCCAAGCAAGAGAAGCUCCUUCAGGAACUGACCCAGCUGACAGAUGAACUUAUGUCCAGGAUUCCCAUCUCCCAGGGGCAGAAUGAGUCUAUGCAGAAGAUCACUGAGCAAGUGACGCAGCUGAAGACUGAACUCCUAUCCAGGAUCCCCAUCUUCCAGGGGCAGAAUGAGUCCAUGCAAGAGAAGAUCUCUGAGCAACUGACGCAGCUGAAGGCUGAACUCCUUUCCAAGAUCCCCAACUUCCAGGUACAGGAUGAGUCUAAGCAGGAGAAGAUCUACCAAGAGCUGGUACAGAUGAAGACUGAACUCCUCCGCCUGUGUAGACUCUGCCCCUGGGACUGGACAUUCCUCCUAGGAAACUGCUACUUCUUCUCCAAGUCCCAACGUAACUGGAAUGAUGCUGUCACAGCUUGCAAAGAAGUGAAGGCUCAGCUAGUCAUCAUCAAUAAUGAUGAAGAGCAGACCUUCCUACAGCAGAUUUCUAAGGCUAAAGGAGCAACCUGGAUGGGCCUGUCAGACCUGAAGAAGGAAGCCACAUGGCUCUGGGUAGAUGGCUCUACUCUGUCAUCCAGAUUCCAGAAAUAUUGGAAUAGAGGGGAGCCCAACAACAUCGGUGAAGAAGACUGUGUCGAAUUUGCUGGGGAUGGCUGGAAUGACUCCAAAUGUGACCUCAAAAAGUUCUGGAUUUGCAAGAAGUCUGCAACCCCAUGCACUGAAGGCUAGCUCAUCUUAGCUUCUACCUUCAUGCUACUCUGCCAGGCGGGUGGACGUGCCUCACCUUCAUGUCAGCUGCUUCUCCCUGACUGUUGGCCUCAGGAUGUUGUAAAAGCCCUGGGAUUAUUUUUUUUCUUUUAUCAUAUUCUUCAUCCUCUGUGUUUAUCCUAGUCUCAUUUCUGUUGAUGUGAUAAAAUACUCUAACCAAAAAAAAAAAAAAAAAAAAAAAACCAACAACUAAGGGAGAAAGGGGUUUAUUUUACCUUACAUCCAGAUGACAGUCCAUCACUGCAGGGCAGUCAGGAUGGCAGGAACUUGAGACAACUGGUCACAUCACAUCAACAGUCAGGAGCAUACAGAAGUGUGUGUGAGCUAACUCACUCAUUUGUUUAUUCUCGGUUCCAUUUUUCUACUCCUACAAUUUAGGACCCCUGUCUAGGAAAUGGGGGACAACAUGCCAUUCAUAGUAGGCUGGAUGUUCCCAUUUCUGUUAACUUAAUUAAGACAAUCCCCCACAGACAUGUUCACAGGCCAACCCAAUGCAAGCAAUCCCCUACUGAGCCUCUUCCCAGGAGACUAUAGGUUGUGUCAGGUUGACAGUUAAGCUGUCACAAAGAAACUUGCUCGCUAUUGUCCUUUUGCUUUCAGAUUUCUCCUGCUUAGGGUUCAAUGUUGUCCCCCAUUUCAUUGUAGUCACCUGAUGUGGGAUGCAUUCAGGACCUGGGUGUUUUCUAUUAAUCUACUCCAUCUUUCUUGCUGAUAUACAUACACUCAAAGGCCAGAAGAAGACAUUGGUGUCCUCCUUGAUAGCUCUUCACCUUAUUCCCCUGAGACAGGAGUUAGAGUUCAUUAUUUUUCAGCAAGGCUGGCAACCUGAAAGAUCCAGCAUUUUCCUGUCUCCACUCACCUGCUAAGUGGAGUUACAGGAACGUGUGGCCAUGCAUGGCCUCUUACAAUUACGAGGACUCUAAGCUCAGGCCCUCUUUCUUGCACAUCAACACUCUUAGACACUGGGCAUCUCCCCAGCCCUUUAUCCAUUGUCAGGUAGUCGAGUUUCCUGUUGCUUUAAUAAAGUCCUGACAAAAUG